UCAUCGAAAGCGUAUCAGCAAGGGAUAAAAGAAUUUAUUGAUUUUGCAUUUAAAGGUGCAAAAGAAAACGACGUAGUAAUAUGCCCUUGCAAACGCUGCGGUUUCAGAAAAUCAAUGAGUAGGAGUGACAUGUUCGACCACUUAAGUUGGUUACCAUUUCCGCAGAGAUACACCACGUGGAUUCAUCAUGGAGAGUCCUCUGUACUACCUAGUACUAUCCCCCCUAGUACUACUCCAAAUAUGGUUGAAGAUACUAUCAUUGUUGAAGAAUCUAUUCAGAACAUGAUCAACGAUGCAUUUGGAGUUGAUAGGAAUCAUGCUAAUGAAAUACCAUCUACAUCACAUUUGGAGAUUGACCAAGAAGAUUAUGUGAUGCCAACUGCAGCUCAGGAAAGAAAUGAAGCCAAAGAGUACUAUGAAUUGGCUAGAGAAGGAGAGCAACCUUUAUAUGAAGGGUGUAGACGUUAUUCAAGACUAUCUUUUUUGGUUAAGUUGUACCAUAUAAAGUGUUUGUGUGGAUUAAGUGAGAAGUCAAUGACAAUGAUUUUAGAGUUAAUAAAAGAUGCAUUUGAAUAUGCAAACAUUCCAAGUUCGUUCUAUGAAGCCAAGAAAUCAAUCACAAAACUUGGUUUGAAUUAUGUAAAGAUACCCGCAUGUCCAAACGGUUGUAUGCUUUAUUGGGGAGAAGAUGAAGGGAGGGAGACUUGCAAAAAUUGCAACACUUCGAAAUGGAAAACAAAUGAAGAUGUCUCUGUGAACAAGAAAAAGAAGAAAAUUCCUGCCAAGGUUCUCCGUUAUUUUCCACUAAAACCUCGAUUACAGAGAUUAUUUUUGUCAUCAAAGACAGCCGAGGAUAUGAGAUGGCAUGCAACAGAUACUAACAAUGAUGGAAUUUUGAGGCAUCCUAGAGAUUCAGAAGCUUGGAAGAAAUUUGACUUGAAACAUACUUGGUUUUCAUCAGAUCCGCGAAAUGUGCGUCUUGCAUUGGCUAGUGAUGGUUUUAAUCCUUUUGGUGUGAUGAGUACAAAUAAUAGUAUUUGGCCAGUUGUUCUCAUUCCAUAUAACACUCCUCCCUGGAUUUGCAUGAAGCAGACAUCAUUUAUAAUGUCAAUGAUAAUUCCCGGUAAAGAAGCACCAGGAAAUAAUAUUGAUGUCUACUUACAACCCUUAGUUAAAGAGCUGAAGGAGUUAUGGACAAAUGGAGUGGAUACAUAUGAUUCUUUUAAGAAAGAGAUGUUCAAGUUGCAUGCAAAUUUGAUGUGGACGAUUAGCGACUUUCCUGGUUUGGGUGCACUUUCUGGGUGGAACACAUACACAGGACUUGCUUGCCCAUCGUGUAACUUUCAAACUACACCUCUCCGUCUUCAAGCUAGCAAUAAAUGGUGUUUCAUGGGUCAUCGUCGUUUCCUUGAUCGAAGACACAGGUUUAGAUUGAACAGGAUCCGUUUUAAUGGUGAACAGGAAAUGCGGAGUCCACCGAGAACACUAUCUGGACAUGAAGUUUUUGAACAGGUUAAAGAUGUUGAAGUCAUCUUUGGUAAAAAGCCAAUGAAAGAAAAAUCGAUAAAAAGAACACGUGAGGGACAACCUAUAGAAGGUGAUAGUACACAGUGUAAUCCUACACAAGGCCAUCCUCAACAAUGGAAAAAGAAAAGCAUAUUUUUUGAACUUCCGUAUUGGAAGGAUAAUCUUUUGCGCCAUAAUCUUGAUCCGAUGCUUAUUGAGAAAAAUGUGUGCGAUAAUGUCCUAUUUACUUUACUAAAUGAUAGGCAAAAGAGUAAAGACCAUUAUAAAGCUCGACAAGACCUUCAAAAUAUGGGCAUAAGACCUAAUCUUUGGCCUGAUGAAAAUGAUAGAAUUUCUUCGGCAGCUUUUACUUUAACGGGUAAAGAUAAAAGGAAUUUUUUAACAACUUUAAGGAAUAUUAGGGUGCCUGAUGGUUAUUCAAGCAACAUAUCUAGAUGCAUUGACUUAGUAAAUCUCAAGGUGAAUGGAAUGAUGAAGAGUCAUGAUUGUCAUAUAUUAAUGGAACAACUUCUACCAUUAGCCAUUCACACAACAUUACCUCAUGAGAUUUCAUCAGUAUUGAUUCAAAGAUAGUUGGAAGGCUAUUCCAGAGGAAACAAAAACAAAGUUUUAUGAUUCAAAGAUAAAGCGUCAUUUUCUUGUUGAUGAUGGGCGUGACAAAGAAUUUGUACUUGCUUCUGCUGCAAAGAAAUGGAAGGAUGGCCGAUCUCACUUGUUUCGCCAAUAUUAUAAAUGGGAUCUCACUUUGGAGGAAAAUCUUCAAAAUUAUCCAAAAGACAAAGGCAUUCUGAAGAAUGAUUGGACUGUUUUUGUUCAAUAUAGGCGGAAAGAAAAAACACAGAAAAUUGCCAAAUAAAAUGCCGAAAAUAGAGCGAAAUUGAAGGCUCCGCAUACACUCGGAUCUAAGUCACUUGCAAGGAAGAAACACGAGUUG